AUUUUGUCUAACCAUGAGAUAUCCAUUUGAGAAUCUUACCUUUCGGCCUAUGUUGUUUUUCACACACACUGUUUCUAUGUUAGGCGGGCAAUGGAAAAACUUUCAGGUAUCCUCGUUGGAUCUGUAAACAUUCUGGGUAAUGCAACACUGGUGUAUGUUAACACCACUAUCACCGACUCAGCAGUCCUCGAAUGUAGUAUACAAAAUAAAAAUAUCACGGACUGGAGUAAUGUUCGUUUUUAUUGGCAAGAUAACAGGGAUUUUGUGUUGUAUUCCUAUAAUGAAGGAAAAAAGAUGGCUGAGCAUGUAAAUGACUACUAUAAACACAGAGUCACAGCCUUCCCUCAGGACAUAAUUAGAGGAAAUAUCAGCAUCAUACUCAAAAACCUGACCCUUGAAGAUAACGGAAGGACUUUCUGGGCUUUUGCGGCAGUCUUGGACGGCAGCGUGAUGAAGAGAUACCACCUGGAACACACACAGAUCUGCCAAGUAACUUUACAGAUAGGUGUUCCUUACCAGAAUCCCAUGCUAGAUGUUAAUAUGGAAACAAUGACUGCAGUGUGCACUACCCAAGGAGGAUUUCCUGCCCCUGAGAUACAAUGGGUCCUCCUCAAUAACAGCUCUCAUCAAUCAGUAGAGUCGAGGAACAUCCAGACUACAACGAUGCAGAAUUAUCACGAUCGCCUUUACAGCUUCCACAGCACUCUACCAAUCCCUGCAGGUCCUCACAAGGCUGUGAGGUGUCAUAUCCACAACCCGACUUUGAACAGGACAAUGACGGCCACCCAUACCUUAAACAAAGGUGCUGGAGUGAUGAGCUCCCCUGAAUGUCUGAUAUCUGCUGCUGUGUUUCUUCUAACAGCUCUACACUGGCUGUGAUCCACAGCAAAGCCACCUGACAUAGACUGAUCCACCCAUCCAUGUUCUGCUGUUGGUACCAGGAUCUGGUUUUGGUAAUGGACUACUCCAGAGGAGUGAUUAUACCUCACGCUGAGAAUACUUCAUGCCAUGGAGACACUUCUACUAUCCAUAAUUCAAACAUACUGGUUUAAUUCUUUUGCAUUUUGCGCCCUUCCUUUGCAUCAUUAUAAUCUCCUCCUGGCUGUCUCUUCAGCAGGAAGUAGAAGUAAAAGAAGGGCAAUCACAGGGCAAAUCACUGUGGCACACUGAGGGUGCAGACCGCCGUGUAACUAGCAAUUUUUAAAUUUUAAUACUCUUUGUAAUUUAUUUUUCUUGACUUACCAAUAUUUUGUACUUCAUUUGGUCAUGAAAGGUGCUCGGAGUUGGUUGGUUGGUGCUGGUGUGGGUUUCAUAGAGUCCUGCUGUGUGCCAACAAUCUUUUUUUUAUACUUUUGUCUUAUUAUUUAUUCUUUUAGUCUGUUGAAAGACAGUUGAAAGGAAAUGAUAUUUCUAGUAAAAUCAGGAAAGUGCUUUCCAGAAAGUUUGUUUUAAAACUCAGAAGACGUUCCAGACAGUGUUAAAGUGGGAUUGCCAGGUGGGAAAUGACUCAUUCAACAUUUAGUCAAAACAUAAUGUGUACUGUGAAUUACAGUUGUCUUUGUGGCUGAGAACUAUGCCGUACUACUCUGGAUUUAACUAGCUACAUUUAGCUAAGAAGAUGUUACGAGGGCUAUUGGGGCCGCUUUCCAACCCCCAGCCUGCAUGACACCGGUAAAAAAAAAUACAGAAUAACAGUAAUAUCUAAUACAUUAGCUUAAAUUUAAACGGACGACUGAAACCUUUGAAACCAACUGUGAGCAUCUGCUUUGUAUCAGUCCAACAUCCAUCACUAUGAACUUUGAUUUGCUGAAAGACACUUGACAACAAAUUAAACGAACAAAUCAAUAAACAUAAAUCUAGAUUAUGAACCUCAAAUGUUCUGGAAAUAAACAUUUAUAAAACACA